AUGGAAAGUCAAGAAGUUGUUGAAGAAGAAGUGACAGUUGUUGAAGGCGAAGAAGUUGUAUUUGAAGAAGAUGCGUCGAAUUUACCAUUUCAAUAUGACGGAGUUUUCAAUUUGAGUCAGGAACGAAGUUUGUUGUAUGAUGUAAGUUUUUAUUAAAAUUUUAUCAAAUAUAUUUAUAUUUAUCAAAUACAAAUUCCAGUUAUAUCAACCGGAAGAGACUCAAAAUGGAACAUUUGUUUGUAAAAUUUGUCUGCGAACUGGAAAAGAAAUGGAGUUCACUGAAAGAAAUUCGUUCGUUGCUCAUCGUUACAAAUGUCAUGGAUCAUAUAAUGUAAACUGAUUUUUCUUUCUGGUCACAGUGAAAACUGAGAUUUUUCUCUUUCAGAACACCGUAUUAUGCCCAGUUGAAAACUGCAGAGAAGUAUUCGCAUCGCUUACAACAUUGAGAAAACAUAUGUGUCAUUCGCACGCUCUUCCGAUGGAAGUUCAUCAACAAGCAUUUGCGAAUAUUGGAGAAUUCGAGAGAUGGAGACAUCUUUUAGAAUCAUCAUCUGGUUGUCGAUUUAUGAUGCAUACAAAACAACCAAAACUUCGAAGACAAGUUAUGCAUUGCUCGAAAAGUGAACAUAAAUUAGUUCUGCAAACUAAUAAGUAAGGUUUUUCAAUUUAAAAAAAUCUAUAUUAAAUUUUUCCAGACAUCGUCUUCCUCGUCUUCGAAUGCUUAAAGAAGGUUCCUGCUGCCCUGCACAUAUCUCCUUCCGAAUUGAUGCAAAAUCCGGCGAAGUUCAUUGUUUCGCCCAAUUAUAUCAUAUCGGCCACGCUCCAACUGCUGAUGAUCCUUGUUCUUCAUCUUUUUAUAGUUUGGAGUCUUUGAGACCAACUGAAGUGCAUUUCCCGCCAAAACAACGUUAUUAUGGAGAAAAAGCGAUGCAAUAUUUGCAAAUUGAUUUGUAUGAUAUGUGCACUGCUAUUUAUAAUUCAUCAGUUUAUGAGACAGUUUUAUUGAUAACCGAUUUGAAAAGUGGAUAUUUGUGGGCUCGCGCUCUAACUGAUUGCUCUCGAAGUGUUAUCACACGAAUUCUCACCUCGAUUUUCACCGAAUUCGGAGUUCCAGAUGGUUAUUCCACGUGCUAUUCACCAACUUAUAUUCGUGAUUCAAUGAAAUCAAUCGAAAUGAUUUUUGAUUCGGAAAUUCGAGAAGUUUGGAAUGAGCCACCGCCAUAUGAAGAAUUCGAACAAUGGUUGAUGAAUGUGUCAAAUGAAGAGCUCGGAAGCACAAAUCGAUGGGUUGAACAACUUCAAUUUCUAGCCAUGGAAUAUAAUCAAAGAGCACCGCAAGGUUGUGUUUCACCAUUUGAGAGAAUGUUUGGGAGAAAACCAACGCGAAUUUAUCCGGAUUUUGAGGAUGAAGAAGAAGAGAGUACUGGAGAUGUUAUUGGGAGGAAUAAGGAGAGAUAUUAUAGAAAAACUAGACCUUCUGAGUUAGAACAAGAAUUGGAAGCGAUUCCAAUCGGAUAUCAAGCUGGUGAAAAAGUUUAUGUAAGUAUUAUUUACAAACGAAAAUUAUUUUUUGGAAAACAAAUCUUGCAGUUACGCCGAGUUAUGCGAAAACCAGGUCGUGGAAUGAACAGCCCAUAUAUUUAUGGAUUUAUUGCCGAAGUCGACCCCUCAACUCCUCAUUUUCCAUACAAAGUACACUAUUCUAGCACUGAUAAUCCAUGGCCAAGUGAAGGUAAUUCAGCAUUUUGCUAUUCUGAUUUCAAAUUCAAAUUCCAGCCAAUAUUUAUGCUUGGAUGUGUACAAAUGAUAUUCUUCCAACCACCCAUAAAGUAAGAGAUGUAAAUGAAAGAGGUAUGGUUCUCUUCCUCUUCUUCAUUCAAAAAAAAUAUAUAUUUGUAGAUCGAAAACAUUCGAUUGAGAAGUUGUUCUGUUCGUGCAGUGGAUCUGAUUCGAUAAAAUACGACUUCACAUCGCAAAAUCAAAGUUGGAAACAGUUUUCGAAUUGUCCGCUUUAUCGCAAUAUCAUUUGCUCGAACAAUAUGUCACUAUUUUGCUGUAAAUUGGAAGGCGAACUCAUUUGUCCUUAUCACAAUUUUUAUCCGCUCAAUGAUGAUUCUUAUGUUGUAAGUUAGGGUAACUUAGUUACCCCCCAAUUUUUGGAAUUUCUUCUGUUUUAAAUACUGUUUUUUUUUCACAGAAACUUGAAUUGUCCUUGGUCACUUAUAACAAAUAUAUAAAGGAGCAAGAACAUGACGAGAGAAGGAAGAAACAAUCGAAUAUGCUGGAAAAUGUGUCAUUUGAAUAUAACAAGAGCUAUCCAGCAAUCAAGAAAUCAUCGAGAAAUGAAUCUGGAGAACCUGCUCAUAAAAUUUCCAAGGUAAUAUUUAAAAUUCGUUUUUUUUGAGUUCUAAAUUUAAAAAUCCUCGGAAUCUAUCACAGAAUUUUUUUUAAUUUUGUUUUUGGAAAAAAAUGUUGCCUUGUAAUUUUAGGUUCUGAAUUUGAUAUUCUUGAGAAAUUAUUCAGUCCUGUUUAAAUUUCAUUGAAUUUCCACAUUUUUUGAGAAAAAGAUGCUUAUCAGAGCUCAUAAAAUGGAAUUUACGAUUGUCAUCAUCAUCAUAAAACAAGAGAAUUGUUUUCAGAUUGAGACGAAAACACCCGCCGCUGUUCCUGUUCCUGUCUCCCCGCCACAACAAAUUCAACAAGAAUUGGUGAUUGAAGAACAAGAACCGGAGCAGCCCGAGCUGAGAGUUGAAUCUGAAGAAGCUCCUCAGGCUGAAAAAGAAUCUGAAUCGGAAAAGCGAAGACAAUCGAGUCGAAAAAAGACACCGAAAAUUUUUGAUGAUUAUGUUGCCUAA